UUGAUGUUCAUUUCUUUGUUGAUUUUCGAUGUUUGAAUGCAGGAAAGUCGCAAUCAUGGAUGAAUGGUCAGGGCCUAGGGUAAGCUGAUUCCUUCGUUCGCCUCACAGAAUCUAUAAGCUGCAUCAUACCCUUGCAAUCACCUACCAAACUCGACAGCGCCCUUUUUUGCAGACCUGAUGCUUUAAAGCAGCGUAACAAAGAUCUCUCACCAAUAUAUGUUUAUGGAGCAUCCUCAACAUCAUUCUACGCCAAAAUUUACCUCGUUUUCUCUUGAAAUUUUAAUCCCGCUUUAAAUUUUCCAUCGCCGCUCUUUCAAAACUUCGAUAUCAUCCGCCCUUUUCGACGCCUUGCAUACAAGAUGAACGGCAGCUACGACCUAUCACCCGAAGAUAUCACUGCCGAAUCCUGGCAAGAAUUCGUUGAUUGGGAUGCCGCGAAUCCAGUUGACAUGGGCACAGAGUGAGUGGCUUAAAAAAAAUGCUAACUCAUAGAAAAAGGGCUGUGUCGAGUGCUUCCGAUUUCGUCCUAGCACUUGACGUGUCAGAAGAAAAUGCUCGCUUGACGCACUGUAUACUCCAAUGUGGUUACGGAGCCGGGUUCACAUACCCCAAUACAACCUGCGCUACUUGCUCAUCAGAACUUGACACAUUGGAACUUACACUUUAUACAAAAAGCCAGGGAAUCUUUUGUACUAAAAGCAAGGCCUGCGAUCAUCCGCCACUAUCCUGUGUACAAGGCUGUGGGUUGAACUUUCGUACAUUGAAAGAUCUCCAGAUUCAUUGCGAAGAUACCAAUCAUAAAGCUCUUCGAUGCCCUUUCCCAAGCUGCUAUGUUGCAUUGAGUGGAUUUAACCAAGGUAAAGAUCAUCUGGAAAUAUUCCACGGACCCAUAAAACUCGCAUGCCACCAGUGUGGAGAACUUUCUGGCUGUGUGACACAGCUUGACGAUCAUGCCGGUGGAAGCGGACAUUCUGCCUAUAUUUGUCGAUAUCCUGAUUGCGAGUCGACAGCCGGGAGAAUUAGUGAUUUGAUUCGGCACCAAGCAUGUCACAAGAAUGAUGUUCCCUGUCAUCCAUGCCCCCAUUGUUCUACAUAUCGAGGCAAUGACGGGUUCAAGAGGAAGGACCACCUCAGACAGCACAUCAGAAAUUAUCACAAGAUUGAGACCAACUAUACUGGCAACAUAUAUGGGUCUCCAUUUCUCUGCAAACAUGCCAAUUGUCAGGACUAUGGUAUGCCGAAGAGUCAAAAUCUUAGAUCUCUCGACGAUCUCACCCAGCACAUGCUGGUCGAGCACAACUCCUCUGCAUUUAUCUGCGAUAAAAUGUCCUGCGAUCGAGUAGGACUGAACGGUUUCGACACGAAGAAGCUUCUUCAAGAUCAUAUCAAGAAGGAUCACCCCUCACCAUUUCAGUGCACUCACCCGGGAUGUGAUCGGGUCGGUUCCAAAGGCUGGCUUCGAGAGAAGGACCAGAAGAAGCAUAUGUUGCAAAAGCAUGGGAUCAGUGUCUGAAUGUGAUGACGAGGGAAUUGGCUCGAUAUUCUUCUCAUCAACACCACUCGCAUAUCGACGGCUGUCUGGAAAAAAUUGAUUUUGAUUUUCGUUUUUGUCCUGUUGUCCGAUUUGUUGCUCACUUGAGUCUCUCUUUGAUGUCUCAUAUCAUGUCUAUUUUAUUACAUUUGAACUUGCGUAACUUUUUCAAUAAAACAAUGCACAAAAACAGAGGAGGGAUUUCUGACUAAGGAAGGAGGGAGAAGGACAGGGAAAUUUGAAGUGUUUUUCUUAUUGUAUUUCCUCGUGCUCUUUGUCUUUUUUCUUUUGUACGGCUCUAUUAUUUUACAUUGUCUUUUGCCGUUGAAUUAUGGCCUGAUAGAUAGAAUACAAUGACCUUUACAAUUAC